GUUGCUACUGUAUUUUACAAUGAUUUUUUUCUCUUUUUCUUCCUCAGAUGACGAGCAGAUCUGACUGACGACGCAGAGGAAUCCUCGGAGAAGACGGCCUCUCCAGAUACAGUCGAUUGGCCCAUAGAACCCCAGGAAACACCUGCGCCUUCCUUAUCUUUGUUGUUGUUGUUAUUUACCCCCUUUUUGCCGCGUGACAUGCAAAGAGGACACCGAGCGAACCGCCCCAGUUUGUGAUAUCUCGAGUGCCUUUUAGAUAAUAAGGAUUCUCUAAAUCUCUAUCUGGCUCGCCCUCUCGUCGCUCCUCUCGCUUCCUCCCCCACCCCCUUGCCCCCCAGGUUGUAGUAUCUCGCAUGCCUGUCUUUGAAGAUAAAAGGCGAUAACGCUUUCAGAUAAGUGACCCCCCGAUCUCGAGGCGGCGUUCAGUUUACGUAAGUGUUUAAUGGACUUUUAAGGAGUGGGGAGCGAUAGUCUUCUCGACGCGGUCUGUCCCGGCCGAGGAACGUCUUCUGAGACCCUCUUGCGCGUGACUGCCUGCGUGUCACCGAGUCCGACCUGAAGGACACCAUUUUCGCGGCCUCACCACAACAAGCGAGUGACCUUUCGCGGCGGCCAGGGUCCAGUCCAGGGCAGGCGUAGGUCACGACGACGGACGGCCAACACCUGCUGACCCGGUCUGGCCAGUGACCAGCUGGUGCUUGCUGCUGUUCCCGCGGGCUCUGAAAGCGAAGCGGGGCGAGCGGACGGCGCUGACCUUGGCAGAGGAAGGCAGGCGGCCGAGUUUCACCAGCGAGACGCCCACGACGGUGCUUGCGAGCGUCUUGGCGUCCCGGCUGGGCGUGCCCGUCGAGAGAGGGAGAGGAGCGGGGUUGUCUGGGCGCUCGGGCGAUCCUCCCGCGGUCCUUCCACGGUCCCUCUUGCCGAUUUGCGGAUUUUAAGGACCGAUUUUAUCCCCGAGUUAAGCCAGGCGAGCGUGGCGACCGGGAGACCUGGUUAUCCAACCCUGAAAUAACAGAAGAAAAGCGAACGCGACUCUUGUCUACCUCCUGCCUCCGUCACACCGUCCGGAGACUGUGACACGCCGGCCUGACACCGACUUGACGUCUUCCUGACACCGGUCUGACAUCUUCCUGACACCAAGAUGUCCGUCAGCUGGAAGAUCCCCCCCGGUGAGUCCGAGGAGGAGGAGGAUGACGACGACACCGACGAAGGGUUCCGCCAGUACGAGCAAACUCUGAUGUAUGGCCGCUACACGAAGGACCUCGGAAGAUACGCUCGGGAGGAGGCCAAGAAACUGAAGAAGGACGACCGGAAGAACUUGGGCAGCGGCGCCUCGGGUCUGCGGCCGUACCGUGGGAAAGUGACCUCGAAGUGCCUGGGUCUCCUGGGCACCGUCUGGCAAGCCACCUUCGCCAGGGUAGGAGAGGACUGGGUAUUCCUGGCGGUGUUGGGCGGGAUCUCGUUUAUUAUGGACUAUGGCAUCGCAAUGUGUAAUAAAGCUCGAAUCUGGCUGUACCGAGACCUAGCGAGCCACACCGCCCUGCAGUACCUCGCGUGGGUGUCUCUGCCUGUCUGCCUCAUCCUGUUUUCGGCUGGUUUCGUACACAUCUUAGCUCCGCAGGCCGUGGGUUCCGGAAUACCCGAGAUGAAGACGAUCCUCCGCGGUGUCGUCCUCAAGGAGUACCUGACCUUCAAGACGCUCAUAGCCAAGGUCAUCGGGUUGACGGCGACCUUGGGCUCAGGGCUUCCGCUGGGCAAAGAAGGACCCUUCGUGCACAUCGCCAGCAUCGUGGCCACCUUGCUCUCCAAAGCCGUGACGUCAUUCAAAGGCAUCUACGAGAACGAAUCAAGGAACUCGGAGAUGCUCGCCGCUGCCUGUGCGGUGGGCGUGGCCUGCUCGUUCGCGGCGCCGAUAGGAGAAACUCUGACGGCGCUGUUCAAGACCAACUUCAAGGUGGGGUAUCCGUUCGACCCCCAGGAGCUCUUCGUCUUUGCGCUCAUCGGGGUGAUGUGCGGUUUCCUCGGCGCCUUCUUCGUGUGGGUGCAUCGCCAGUAUGUCACCUUCAUGAGGAGGAACAAGAAGAUGAAGAUGUUCCUUCAGAAGAGCCGCCUGCUGUACCCUUUGUUCGUCAUCAUAAUCUAUGGAUCCUUCUCGUUCCCUUUGGGUUUGGGACAGUUCGCCGGCACCGAGUUAAAUACCCAUCAACAGGUGGUGGAGCUCUUCAGCAACGUUACAUGGACAAAGGCAGAUCACACUGUCCAUGAAUUUGAGAUCGUAGAGAACUGGCGUACUCCUUGGACUGGCAUCUUCAUCAACCUGCUUAUAUACAUGGUGUUUACGUUCUGUGGCAGUGUGGUGGCCAGUACACUACCUGUUCCUUCUGGUAUCUUCAUCCCGGUAUUCAAGAUUGGGGCAGCUCUUGGAAGGAUUGUAGGAGAAGCUAUGGCUGUCAGUUUCCCCAAUGGAUUGCGAUAUGGAGGACACAAUCACAUUAUUAUACCUGGCGGCUACUCCAUCGUGGGUGCGGCAGCAUUGGCAGGGGCUGUCACCCACACCAUCUCCACUUCUGUCAUUGUCUUUGAACUCACUGGCCAGAUUACACAUAUUCUUCCUGUGAUGAUUGCUGUCCUGAUUGCAAAUGGAAUAGCACAGCUCUUGCAGCCAUCCGUGUACGACUCUAUCAUUCAAAUUAAGAAGCUCCCAUAUCUCCCUGAUAUUCUCACUGCCACCUCUGGGGCGUAUAACAUAUAUGUGGAAGAUUUCAUGGUGCGAGAUGUGAAGUACAUUUGGUAUGGAAUUACAUACAAGCAGCUAAAAAAUACACUCAAAGAGCACAAGAAAAUCAGAUCAUUACCCCUCGUUGAUUCUCCAGAUUCGAUGAUUCUCUUGGGUUCCAUACAAAGAUCAGAAUUGAUCUCUCUAUUAGAAGAGCAUUUAGGAAAGGAUCGAAGGCUGAGAGUCAUCAACAAGUGGAAAUUUGCAGCUCAAAGAGCUCUGGAAGCAGAACAGCUCCAGAAGGAGGCAGAGGAGAAGCAGAAAGAAGAAGAGAGACAGAAAGUAAAGCAAAAACUCCUGGAAAUUGAAGAGACCAGUAAGAAGGCAAACGUUCCAUCGGCUGGACUGGCAAUGGUGGCAGGUGUGGGAGGAGCACUUGCUGCAGUGGCGGGGAUUGGUCUAAACUUCAAAGGAGAAACUGCUUCAGACCCAGGAACACCCCAUUCAGAUUCGCCCCCAGGAACACCCCCCACAGCAGCCACAACCCCAGUUUCCUCCGGCCCCACAACCUCAACCCCCAACGACGUUCCAGAUGAUUCAGUGCUGAAGCAGAGACGACCCUCAAGGUUCGAGGUCAUAAAAGUCGAGUCACUCUCCAAGAAUGAGUCAACGGUUACACUGCAGAUUGACCCUGUUGAGAUCCCAGCAAAGUCUGAAACAGCACUGGAUAAACCACAGAUAACCCAAAGGAACAGUUUGCCUCGGAAGUCAAUCCUAAAGAAGACAAACAGUUUUAUCCUUCAUCCAGCUUCAUCCUCCCCCUUUGUUUCUCCACAACACACACCUUAUGCUACAGUACAUGCUGGGGACUCCAGAUUACGACAAGCUUUCGAAGCAGUGUUAAGAAAGACCAGCCUGUUAAAGAUGGACGACAAGAACGCAAGUGGCAGCACAAACAUUGCAAACUCAAACAACGCUUCAAAGCGUGUGUCACUGCCAAUGAAUAGAAUGAUUGAGAUGACCCAGGAGGAGCAGCGGCGGUGGGAGGAGGAGGAGCUGAACAAGGAGGUAGACUUCAGCAAGUGUCACAUUGACCCUGCGCCCUUCCAGCUGGUCGAGAGAACGUCGUUGCUAAAGGUCCACUCUCUCUUCUCUAUGUUGGGUCUCAACCAUGCAUACGUAACUGCAAUCGGGAGGCUCAUAGGUGUGGUUGCACUAAAAGAGCUGAGAGCGGCAGUCGAGUCCACCAACUCUGGCGACUUCCAGAAGCCCAGAAGAGAUAGGGGGGUCGGGGGAACAUUUAGGGAAAAGUUUUUAAGGACCACCAUAAGGAGAAAGCUUCGGAAAGCCAUCGAAGAGACCAAUUCGGGAGACUUCCCCAAGCCAGAAACAGUUCCUGCAAGCACGGAUAGUCCACCAAGAAGCCCAAAGACUUCAGAGUCAAAGGUUUAAUGUAGUGAUUAUCCAUCAGAUAAUGAGACUUUUUUUUUCUCAUAUGUGUGUUGCAGAAUGAGCACUUUUUUCUCUUCUCUCUUUCUAGUAUGUAUAUUUAUUAAUGAAGCUACUAUUGAUAUAGGUAGAAAAUUUAUGAAUUAUUUGGGCUUCCUGAUAUUAAAAAUGCAUUUGGUGAAAAGAGAAAAGAAAUUUGCAAUUUUGUAAUUAAUGGUACAGAUUUCAAUAUUAUAUAUCUUUUGCUAUAUACAUGCCAAGACAAUUAAUUGGUAUUAGAUAAUAAUAAUAAUAUAUAUAUAAAGCACGGCAAUUAAAGGAAAGGAAAGGAUAUUGUGUAGAUACUUAAUUCAAUCAGUUAUUAGAAUAGGAUAUCCUAAAAUUCCUGAUUUGCUUUUUAUCAUAAAGAUUUUUAAAAAUUCAUCUCGUUAAAGUCAGCACCUGAUAUCAAGCAGUUCAAGUGUUAUCUUACAAUUUUAAAAUCUAGUUUUAGUCGGAGAAAAAGAAAGGGGUUUGGAAGAACAUUUUAAAAAAUGAUAUUUCUUUUUAUAUUGAUCCAUUGUUGAUAAGGCUGCAGACCUUAUAAUACAGUGCCUACCUGGAAUAAUGAAGUCAUUUUUACCUUUAGACCUAAUAAGGUGUUUUUAAUAAGUUAAAUGUAAGAUAUUUAUUCAAAGAAAAUAAAACUCAUGUGUACAUAUCCUGAAAAUAUAAGAUGGUAGUAUGAUAAGAUAACGUGGAAUUACACUAUUUUUCCUUAUCUGUGUAGCCUCCUACCAAGAACUCUACAGGUAUAUAAAGGCCACAGGUUCACAUUAUGAUAAUUUAUAGUUCUUUAUCAGUCACCUCAUGGAAGGUACUUCAGCUGAAGAGAUUAUUAGGAAUAUGAUUUAAGUAGCAGAUUACCCAGACAGAGAGAAAACCUCAGGAUAAUUUAUAGGUUUUGCUUUUAACAAGCAUCAGUCAGGAGAUGGUAAGCUGGUUGUUGAUAUAAGAUGUUGAUAAGUCACCAGUAACCUAUUUUCACUUCCUUGUUUUCUAUAAAAACUUAUAGAACUUGUGAUGUUGAAAACUUUUCUUUUAUUAUUUUAAAUCCAAGUUAUGAAUGUCCUAUCAUUGUAUACAAGUUAGACUGUGUGGUAGCAGAUUUUACAGUAUUUGUAUUAUCAGUGUGAAGAAGUUUUCUGCACUGAAAGUUUGACAGAUAAGUGAUCUAAAAUUACAAUUUAUGAUAGCAACUCCAACAUAAUUGCUACUAUUUUAAAAGUGAUGCAUUUUCCUGAUGUAUUCAUAGAAAAAUUAUAUGUACAUUAAUCUUUUGAGAAUCUUUGCAGCAUGAUUUAAUUGAUACGGUGAAUCAGGAACUAGACAAGAUGUACUUUAUGGAGUAUGUGAGACUGUAUCAUGUAUGUAAUAAAGAGUAGAGAUAUUCACACACUCAAAGGCAAAACAUUCAGAUAUGCAUCAUGAAUAUAUUAUGUAAAUAAGUGUAUAUAGAUUAAUGUUGAAAUAUGAAAUACACUCAUAUCAAUAGGUAAACAGAAAUGUACUUAAGUAUAUAGCUAUGCAAUUUAGGAUUUAAUACAUAGGAUACAAUCUUAGCAAAGAAAAAACAUGAACCAGCAUUUGAAUGAUGAUAACACUAAUAGGAUACAUAUAAAUAAAUGCCUGUGAUUAUUUUGCAAUAAUAGAUUAAAAGUAAAGCCUUCCAUUGAGCUGUCUGGUUAAUGAUUUUUAAGUGGAGCUGAUGUUUUACUUCAUGCUAUCAUGUAUACUAUUGUUGUUGGAUAUUAGAUAUAUUUGCAUACUUAUACAGAUACUUACUAUGGUGACUUCAACAUUUAUAUAACAUGUAUGGUACUCCAGUGACUUUCUCUUAUAAUACUCACAGUCACUUUUCUUAGAGUAUAACUUUUUAAGCUAUAUGAGAGGAUUUGUAAAAGCCAAAUAGAUUGUGCUCGGAAAUGUGUUUGCGAGUAGGAGAAUUCAGUAAUCAUAGAAAAUUACUUGAUAUAAGUAUUAUAUCCGUGAGGAAGUGAUUUUUUUUUUCUUUCUUUCUUUUUUUCUCUUUUUUUCUGGAGAUGUCUUAUGGUGCAGCAAUGGUUUCUUUUUUAAACUGUAUAUAGUCUAAAAUUUUUAUGGCCUGAUAUUGUUAGUUACAAACAGCAACAUACAUUGUUAUGUAAAUAGACAGAAAGGGUGCAAGCCAAAAGAAAUCUGUAAGAUAUGAAAACUCUUGAAAUGUGAAAUAUGCUACAAAUUUAUGAAGAGUUUAUUUUAGUUUAGGUGUGGUUUACAUUUAUUUAUUUUUUAAACCAAUGUUGAAUUUUGUUUUUUGGUUUUGCAGUCCUUUUUUUGUCAUUUACCAUUUUAUUAGGAUAUCCAAGGGAGGGAUUACAUUUAAUGUAAAAUCCUGCAUAGGAGUCACAUGUUUUCCACAUGAAUAUAUUUGUUUACUCAGUGUGUAACUUCAUUGUUUCAACUUUACACUAACUGCUGUGGACUGCAUCCCUACAAAAGUUAGAUUAUGAAAUAUGUAAUUGGUCGAUCAAGGUUUCUCUUAUCUUCUUUUGUGCGGGAGACAAUCAUUUUUUAUUUAUUCCCUGUUUUACUGGAGACUUUAGCAGACCAAUCAUGAGUCUAUAUAUACUAUAUAGCCCAAUUUUUUUUCUUCUUCUUCCUCAUAUGUUAGAUAGAUAGCAAAGUUCAAAUGUUAUCCUCUACUUCAGUAAUGAGCAUUAUUGCACAAUAUUAAUAUACAAGAGGUAAUGCUUGUUUAUGUGCCAAUUCAUAUAGCCAUGCUGGUAUUGUUAAUAUUAAUAAAUUCUGUAUUCAUUUGUCUACCGUCUGGAUUUUGUAAAUAAACCUUUCAUGUAUUAACUGGUUGGAUAGUGGACAGACGAGUAAUGAUAUAGUAGAUAUAUGAUGGUAUGUAUAUAUAUGUAUGUGCCAUCAAGUGAAAUAUGAUACCCAGUCGGUCAUGUUAGUCAGUUUAGUAUUUGCUUAUGUAGAUAUUGUUCUUAUACAGGUUAAUUCGAUAAUUGAAUUCUAGGUCAGAUAUAUAUAUAGAAAGACAUAUUUUGAGAUCCUGAAAUCUAAGGAGUAAUAGCCAGAGUCGAUUGUUGUUCAGUGCAUUUACUUGCGACAGUAUUGGAUGCUUUGUCAUUCCUGUUUAAGUGAAGAGAGGAAGACACGUGGGGAAAAACAAAAACACAGCAAAAAGAUGAAAAACUUCCUCAAAAUUUGGCAUAGAUCUAGAUAACUGCGACCCAAAAUGACAAUGAAUAAACCAGAUUCCAGCUAUGAUUGUGAUAGCAUCUUCUCCUUGGUUGUGUUAGCUACGUCACUAUAUUUGUAAGGUUGUUAAGAAGGAUGAUCCUUUGGCUACGGGCUCCGGGAUUGUCACUUCUGUCCAUUCUUUUUAAUUCUCCUUCCUUUUUUUAUCAUUAUUAUUUUUUAAUUCUUAGGUGUUUUUACUGAUUUCCAACUGCAUUUUCCAUGUGGUGCUCUUCCUCCUUUGUCUUCAGUUACUUCUUUUUAGUACCAUUUUCUUUACCCUUAAAAUUGUGAAGAAUUAUCCAGUGAAAAUUGAUAUUUGUAAAUAUUUUUUUUAUGAAUUGCACUGUCUGUUAUAGCUUGUUUAUUAGAAUUAAUUGAGUAGUUUUAACUAAUUAAAGACUUUUAAGUUAUGUGAACACUGUUAUUACCUUACAGAAAGUAAUUAAAAUGCAGAAGCCUCAAGAGGUCCAGAACUUGUCAUUUGCAAGUGACUUUUGAAGAAAAAAAAUAUGUAUUAUUAUUUCCAAUAAUCCUUUGCAUUUCUUAGAUUAACUGAUAGCCUGAAUAUGCAUGAAUACACAAAUACUGGGAAUAUUUCUAAUUUUCUUCAGUUCCUUUUUUAUAUAUAUAUUUCUCCCCCUUUUAGGUUUAAUAAAAUAUAUAUACAUUG